AUGGCCAGUCUGAACACGUCCCUCUCCUUCUUCUUUUCCACCUUCGCCCUCUGCCAGGUGGCCAGGAGGGCGGCCAAGGCCCUGCUCCCCGGGGGCACCUAUGCCCGCUUUGCCCGGGAGGUGGUGGGCGCCGCCCAGCUGGGGGCCUGCUGCCUGGAGAUGCGGACGCUGGCGGAUGUCGGCCCCUGGGGAGGGGGCUUCGGCCCCGACCUGCUGCUGACCCCGCUCUUCCUGCUCCUCCUGGUGCACGGGGCCGCCCUGGACGGGGCCUCGGCCGAUCCCGCCGUGUCCCUGCAGGAGUGCCUCCUGGCCAAGGCCCCUCUGCCCGGCACGCUGCUGGACCUGGCAGCCCAGGCGCUGGGCGUGCAAGCGGCCUGUGCCCUGAUGCGGCUCUACUGGGCCUGGGAGCUCAGCGACCUGCGCGUCCUGCAGACCCUCACGGACGUGCACUGCGGCUCGGCCCUGCGCGCGCUGGUGGAGGGCUCCUGCGCCUUCCUCUUCCGCCUGACCCUCCUCCGCCGCCGCAACAGUCUUCCCGUCUACAGGGUGCUGGCCGGGGCCCUGCUGGUCACCAUCAUGGCCUACACGGGAGAGGGGCUGCUGGUCGAGGGGCUGCAGAGUCUGGGGGUGGCCAUUUCCUGGGCACCUGGUGGGGAUGGCGGCCAGAUGGGCUGGACACAGUGUGUUGGGCUGGGACCCCGGCCCCUAUCAGGGCUGUCCUUCCUAGCUGGGUCUGUCUACACCCCCCAGCUGUCCCUGUUCAUCCCUGAAGGCCUACACCUGAGGCAGAAGCUGGGGGCACCCCCUCAACUCACCCUGCCGUGGGUGCCCUUCCUUCGCUGUACCUGUGCCGGGGCAGAGGAGCAGCAAAGGCCCAUUAGCAGUGUGGCCGCAGGGCUAGGUAACGGUGCUGUCCUCAGCCACCAGAUCUCAGGGAUCCGGCCCCGGGGAGUCUGA